AUGCCAACAGCCUACUGGGUGAGCAACCACACUAACAAUGAUCAUGGCAGAACCCAAAAAGUCCUUAAUCAAGACAGCACUCUGCUGUAUGUUAAUGAAGGGGACAAUAUCACAGUUACUUGCCUUUAUCAAAGUGAUAUUGAUAUGCAUUUCUCAUGGUACAAGCAUGCAUUUAGUCAGAAGCCUGAACUCAUUGCAACUAUCUACAAAUAUGACACGAAGGCCACAUUCUAUGAUGGAUUCAAGAAAAAUGCUCGUUUUAUCUUGGUGAUCGGAGAGGAUAGAAAUCAUUUGGUGAUAACAGAGUUAGAGGUCUCUGACUCUGCUACUUAUUACUGUGGAAAUGCUCAAUCCAACAUAGUGAAAUUUGGGAAAGCAACAAAAUCGAUUGUAAAAGCUUCACAGUCCCAUAGCCUGUCUGUUCUCCAGCAGCCUGUCCAUCCAGGAAACUCUGUGACUCUGCAGUGUACAGUCCUCACUGAGAACUAUGCAGGAGGACACAGCAACUACAGUGUCUACUGGUUCAAACAUGGCUCAGGAGAAUCUGAUCGAGGAAUCAUUUACACACAUGUAGACAGCAGUGAUCAAUGUAAGAAGAGAUCUGAGGCUGGCUAUUCUACACAGAGUUGUGUGUACCAGCUCCCCAAGAGGAACCUCAUCCUCACUGGAACUUACUACUGUGCUUUUGCUGCAUGUGGAAAGAUAAUCUUUGGGAAUGGAACUGCAGUUGAAGGUGCAUCUGAAGGUGUGACUUUUUAUAAUAUUGCAGACACAUUGGGAAUAAUAGAACUUAAUUGA